AUGCCACAUCCAUCAGAAUCGGAAUCAUUAGCGAAAUUAAUGCCAGCGAUACAUAGUGAACAACAACGACGACGAUCUCGAAGUCGCAGUCGUAUGAUUGUUGAACGAACUGAAGUAAGACAAGGUCGUGAUAAUUAUACGAAUGAUGGUGACAAUAGCGGAGGAUACAUGCAAGUCGAGAUCUCAAUGGCUGUUGAAACAAUGCUUGAUGAUUCCAUCACUCCUCCACGCUAUGUACAAUAUGAACCGGAAAUAAUCGACGAGCGACUGCACAGGAAAGAACUACGUGAACGUUAUCAUGAACAUCGUGAAGAGCGAGAAUAUUUCAGUGAACGUAGGCGGAAUUCUGAUGAAUGGAUUUCAUCUAUUAGCGAAGACCGUAGAGGAUAUCAAAUUCAUGAAAAUUAUGGAAACAUAAUGGACAGUGAUAGAAAACGAACAGGCAUGAGGUUGGUUAGAAUUUGGAUAUGA